UCUUGACUCUCUCAGUCUAUCUUUACCUACAAGCUCAAGUUUCCUGACCCUUUUGUUUCGCGGUCAUUUCUCCAACGAGGUUUUCUUGAUUUCUCCUCACGUCUCUUUCCCUCUCCACUCUCUUCUUUCUUAUUAGGGUACCGCCCGACACUCUCCGCUCUCACCCUUCCGAACUCUCCGUUACACACGCACCUUCGCCCGCCGCGCUCGGUCUGCAUCAUAUCAAAUCCUUCAUAAUGUCGUCUCGCGUCGGUCUCCGCUUUUUCCAGAACUCGCGCGCUGCUUUCCGCAACGCAUAUGGUCCCUUCCGUCGGCCUGGCGCCCAGGGUUUCCGCUUCCAGAGCUCAGAUGCCGCCGCGGCCGAGCAACAGAGCACUUUCCAGCGUCUAUGGAACAGCCCGGUUGGUGUCAAGACGGUGCAUUUCUGGGCCCCGGUUAUGAAGUGGGCUCUCGUCAUCGCCGGUAUCUCCGAUCUUAGCCGUCCCGCCGAGAAGCUGUCCCUGACCCAGAACGGCGCUCUCAUGGCUACGGGUGCCAUUUGGACUCGUUGGUGCAUGAUCAUCACUCCCAAGAACUACCUGCUCGCCGCUGUCAACUUCUUCCUCGGUAUUGUCGGUGUCGUCCAGGUCAGCCGUAUCGUCCAGUACCGCCGUAGCUUGGAUGGCUCUACCACCGAGGCCGUGAAGGAUCUGGAAAAGGAAGUGGCUGGUGAUGCCAAGGCUGUUGUUGCUAACGUCGAAGCCGCUGUCAAGAAGUCGGCCUAAAUGUCACUUUUUGAACGAAACGAACCGAGGGGUUUGGAUCAUGUAAGCUGGGCUACUCAGUCAAAAUAGAUUAGAUCCCCUUCUUUUUCUUCGGAAGAUGACGGUGUCGGUGUGGAACUCGGAUGGCCUAACAGCGGCGACCGAGGAGGCGAGGAUGAACGAACCCCGCUAGCAUUUUCUUUUUUGCCCAUGUAUAUAUUUCAAUUGACUAGAAUGAAGAGCU